AUGCAAAAACGCCGAAAGAGUUCUACUAAGAAAAAAUCAGUCAGUGAAGAUGCUGAUGAGCAAACCACUGAAGUUUACUGUGUCUGUAGGUCAUCGGAUAUUGAAAGGUUUAUGAUAGCCUGUGACCAAUGCGAAGAGUGGUAUCACGGUGACUGCAUUAAUGUUACUCCAAAGCAAGCAGAACAAAUAAAAACUUUCUUCUGUCCCCAGUGUCGAUGUAAAAAUCCAUCACUAGAAAUUGAGUACAAGAACACCAGGAGUCAGCGUCCGAAACAAAACCGUCAGAACUCAAGCCCUAAUAAUAGUUUUGGCAACUCUGGAGAGCUACCUUCCCCAACUAAAUUUGUUAAGGGCAAACGUGGUUCCCCAGAUGCCUUAGUUUCCAGUUCAGAAAUUACCGAUCGCAAAACGUUAGAAGAGCGUCCAUCACAAUUGUCAGGCAGGGACUUGCGAAAAUCCAGUUCGUCUAGUGUAAACGCAUCUAGUACAACACACUCACCUGUUGUAUCAGAGUCACUUCUUCCUGGUCACUAUAAUCGUGAUUACUGGUCACGUGAAGACCAAUCUACACUUGACGAAGAUGAUGUAGUUCCUCGAGCAGUUCCAUCUAAGAAGGUAUCUGGGUCUCCUCGUCUGCGUCCCUGUGGCAAGUGUGCCGGAUGCAGCUUACAAGAAGACUGUGGACAAUGUGAAUACUGUCGGGACAGACGAAAAUUCGGUGGGCCAAAUAAAAUGCGUCAGAAAUGUAGGUUACGACAAUGUGUUGGUGCCAGUUCGUCUCUUAAUAGAGAUCCAUCAGAUUCUUCACCAAGUGUCGGUGCUAGACGCCGUAAGCAACAAACUGUUCAGUCUACUCCUGUGGAUAUAUCACCUCAUAUGCAGUCGUAUACUGAUUUUGAUGAUGAGCAGUUUGAAGUCCCACUGGAUUUCUCCCCAAGACCAUUUUCAGAAGCUGUCCCACAAUCAUUUUUACCACAGCAUUCAACAAGUUCAGUCCCUAUGGGUAGCAAAAUGCGUAGGGGUGACCAUCGUAUUCCAACCGUUCCCAGUGAGAUUGACGGGAUUACUUCACGGCAUUUUGGACGGUUCAGUCAUGAUGGUUCUCAACCUCAUCAUCCGCGUAACAAAGGGUCCGCCGUACCAGGUAUUUAUCCUAUCGGUGCUGAUGAGCAUAUCGAUUUUGUGGAUGAUGAGUCUGAUGAUGAUAUUGUCCUCCCUGAAAUGGCACAUUGUGCUGGUCCUGCGUGUAUAAUGGCAGCUAUUCCUGGCGAAAAGUACUGCUCUGAAUCCUGCAGACUUAAGCAUAUCAGUUCCCGUGGCAGCAUUCGUCCAGGUGUUACAAAUGCUCGUUCUGGAAUGAAUAGUCUUGCCUCCCGUGAAGUUAAUGCCAUUCCGUACUCACUACCGUAUCCAGAUCAUAUGUACUGCAAACAUCAUCGUUAUCAAAACUGGCAUAACAAUCCUUCUCCAUCCUAUCGAUCUAACAAUCAACAGCCGCCGCCCUUUGAUCAAUUCACUAUUGAUCAAGCCUAUAUUACUGCUGAUAACUUCCGUCAGUCAUCACGUGGGCAUCCAAUGUAUCGAUGUUCUCAAGGGCCAUCACCAGUUCAUCGAAUCGCUUCACAACGACAUCCUAAUUCUCAUCCAGUUUUGAUAAAUUCUUCUAACAACCGAUUGAAUAGCAUAGAUAGUCAAGGUCAUGCUAUGAUAUGUGAUGUUAAUGAUACAACUGCAUUUAUAGACUCUAUGACUUCAAUAGUUCGUAGAAACAAUAACAAUAAUAAUAAUAAUCAUCCAUUUGGAGAAGAUCUUUGCAUAGAUCUACCAUGUACUCAUCCUUCAUCUACUGGAACGCAUUUAUCCUCUUCACCAAAUUUAUCCGGUGUUAAUUCUUGUUAUACUGGAUCAAAUCGUGGUGAUAAUAAUAAUAAUAUUCGAACUGUUGUUGAUUUUCACACUGUAGUCGAUGGUGAUCCAUCCGGUCUACCAGCUGAUGUAGACGAUGAUGAGGAUGAUGGUGGUGGUGGGGGUGAUGGUGGUGAAGAUGAUGAUGAGGCGGCUAAUGUUGAUCAUCAUAUAGUGACUGAUGUUACUGGUCAUCGUGUUUACGGAUAUUAUAUGAUUGGUUAUAGUAAUGAAACUACUCCUACUAAUGGGCAUAGUUCACGUGUCCCCUUGACUAAUACUACUGCUGGUGCUCCUACAACUUCUAUGUUAAACGAUCGUCGUAUGCCUACAGGUUCUUUACGUGCUAAUAAUAAUAUGCAUUCGCGAACGUUGAAUCAUAGAAUGACAACACAACAGCAGCAGCAGCAACAUAGUAAUGGUGAAUCAAUAAUGACAACAGCAACACCUACAAACGGUGGUAUACCUUCUGCUUAUACUGUUUCUAAUCGUAAUCUUAACCUACGCCAUACUAAUAUGAGCAAUAUUCUCCCUGGGACAAUAAUGAAUCAAGAUGAUGACAAUUGUUGUUUAAGUCCAUCUGAAUCGACCGCCAAUAUUAAUGAUAUGCAUCAUACUAUUGGUUCGUCUGUAGUAACAAAUUCUAAUGUAAUCCUCCCACAUUCUGUCCCAGCUUAUAUACCCGGUCCUGAUGAAUUUUAUACAAUCAAUGAUUCUGAUGAUUUAGAAAUCAAUUGGCCACAAGAAACAGUUGCUGGAGUGAAUGGUUGA